UGUUUACAACAUUCACGUUUCCGGUUUAUAACUCGACUCGACUGUGUCAGUAGGAUGCGGCCUUUUGAUGAUAUCCUCCUCAAUUAUCUUUAAUACCAAAUAUCAGUUAAAUUCAUAUGCAGUUAAGUUUGCAUUAGUUUAGGCUUCUCAGUUGCAGCAGCUGUUGAUUGUGUUUCAUAUCUGACAUUGAUAAAUGAUAAUCGGGUCAACCUGCAGUAAAAAUGGCAGCUACGGGCCAGUUGGACGAUUUAGUGAAGGAUUAUUUGUUAUUUAGAGGUCUCACGUCAACGCUACGAGCUUUCGAAAACGAACUUAAAAAUGAGAAAGACAAGGGAUUUCGUGUGGAUAAAAUUAUUGAACAGUUUCAACUGUAUGUAGCAGGAUAUGAACUAGCACAACUUCGAGAAUACUGGGCUUAUCUUGACCGUCGCCUCUUCUCUAGACUAGACCAGGUGUAUGCAUCAAGCAUUAGAAAGCUGGAAGUUAGCAUGCUGAAAUAUUAUCUUAUCAAUGCUGUGCAGAAUAAUAGGAUGGACAGAGUGUCUGAGUUUUUUGAAAGACUUUCCUCUGAGCUGCAGAACCAGGUUGAGUGGAAAGACUGGUUUGUUUUACCAUUCAUCAAGAAUCCCGAAGAAAACCCAUCUUUUAGCAUGUACUUUACUAAAAUAUGGCUUGAUACAUUCCUUCUGUCACUGCAUAAUUUCCUGAAUGUCAUAUUCCAGAGCAUGCCUCUUCCGCCUCUUUUGAGUUUUAAAGAAGAACAAGCAAAGCUAGCACAAUUACAAGAUGAGAAUAAUAUGUACAGUGAACAGCUGACUGCCCUUAUGGAGAAAAAGCAACUAGAGGAACACCUCAAACGCAAAUCAGCUGACCGUGGCGUUAUAAGAACUUCUAGGCAGGAUGCCAUUCAGGGCAGCAUGGAACUUAUGGAUGAAUUUUAUACUGGAACACAGGAUACUGUCACUGAAGAACCCAAAAGAAGUAGCCAUCCCAAGCUCCAAAUUAAGCCUUUGUUUCAUAACAUUAGAAAAUCUCUCCCAAACACUCUUGGACAUUUACAAGGCAAAGAUGAUAACCCUAUUUCGAAAGCAAAAGCCAAAGAAAUUAAAACCAAAAGCAAGGCCCAGAAUUCUCCUCCCAGAAGGAUGAAACUGCAAGAAGAGCAUGAAAAACAACGACAGGAACUACUGGGCAAAUCACAACCAAAUAAAGAAAAGAUUACAACAGAUGGCAGCGCACAGUAUUAUCGGAGUUCCAAAGAACCUGAAGGUCAAUUUCGUCAAGGAUCAAGUAGUGAUUCAAAUAGUUCAGCUAACCAGAGGAUGCAGGAAAGGAUAAAUAUCCCUACAUCAUUUGUGCAAAAAGAAAGUAGUCAACCUGUAAAAAGGAUACCUUCAGAUCCUCUUUUGUCUUCAGCAAUUUCAAAUACAAAAUCUCCUUUUAUGUUAUUAAGUCAGGACAACUACACCGAGCAUCGAUCAUCUAUCAUCCACUGUCGCUUCAGCAACACUGGACAUUGCAUUGCUAGUGCAGAUGUUGACGGCAUUGUCAAAGUUUGGUCUCUCCAGCCAUCUCCAGUGACUGUUGCUACCAUCAUAUCAAAAUCUGGUGUUAUGUCCUUGGAAUGGGCAAGUCCGACUGAUAAACUGCUUCUCUUUGGAAAUAAAUCUGGCUGUGUCAGGUUGUAUGACAUUAAGGACAAAAAAACAACUUGUGAGACCAUGGUUGAUGAAGUCCAUCCAAGAGUUGUUUCUCUCUCUUACUCUGCAGUUCAGUGCAAGUUUGUGUGUUCCUCAGUGAGUCGUGGCAGGUACUCUUCAGAAGGACAAGCUGACAACUCUGUACAAAGGAUGGGCAAAGUAGCAUUGUGGGAUAUGAAAACAAUGAAGCUUGAGAAAGAUCUUCCUAUGAUCCCAGGUCCAGUAGCUGUGAAUUGCACAACAUACAAUCACAAUGGCAACCUUCUCAUAACUGGGGCAGUGGAUGGAAUGAUUAGAAUAUUUGACAUGAGGAGCUACGACUGUAUUGCUGCCUGGGGGGCGCACUUAGGAGAGGUCUAUUCAGUACAGUUCAGCAACGAUGAAAACUCUUUCUAUUGUAUGGGAUCUGAUGGAAAGUUUCUUCAGUGGAGUGUUCAUAAGAUGAGCACAAAGAUACAAGACCUACCUCUUCAUCCUGGUGCUACGGGGCCAUUUACUGUGACAGGGCCUGGUGGUUAUCAACAGACACAGAAGCCCAAGGGAAAACUGUUUGCUUUUGACUCUGAUGGGAAAUAUGUACUCACUUGUGCGGACACAGGAGGGAAAAUUUACAAGGUUGACAAUGGUAUGACAGAUACUAUGUAUCUCAGUGGUCAUAAAUCACCAGUGGUCACUGUGGACUGGUCAUCUGCAACAGACACCAAGAUGUGUCUUACAGGGUCCAUGGAUGGUUCGGUUAGGGUCUCUGCUCUUCUUAGUGCCUAGAGAGGGUGUAACAUUUGAAUCUUAAGUGGCCCCCUUAUAGUAUUUGCAACUUGGUUGCAGUGAUAUUGGGUGUAAAAUAUGGAAUCAACUGUUUAUCAGUGGGACAGGCAGCUAGGAGGUGAUAAACUUCUCUGGGCUGUUAGAGUAGGCGUGUCAUUCAGUUAAUCUGAUUGCCUUCACCAAGCCCCAGCUGAGUUGGAUUAUUCUACCUUGUAUCAUAGUUUUAAAUGCACCCAAUAAGUUCCAAAUGCAAAAAAAAAAGUGAAACUUCCACUUCUGAGAAUAUUAUUUUACUGUAUCUUCCUAGUUAUGUAUUGGCAUGUGUUUAUAUUUGAGAUGAGUUGGUUUUAUUUUGUAUAAUGGCAAUGAACUGUUUAGCUUAACAUAAAUUAUGGAGGGGAGGUGGAAAAAAAAUGAGGUGCCUUUUAUAAUCACAUUAUUCUUGAUCAGCACAAUCCGUGUUGCCCCUGAUUUUAACAUUGUUGAACUUUAGAUCAUUGUAUAGCUGGAAGGAUUAUUUAUAGCUGGAAGAUAUUUCACUUGUCAGGAAUUUUCAAAAUGACAAGGCUCACAUAUGUUACUUGUAUGUUGAUCAGGAGACAAAGGGUUUUAAAUAAUAAAUUUGAAUAAUUGUCUUUUUUGUUAUAUUUAACAGAUACAUAAUAAAGAAUGUAUUAAU